AUCAGCUGAGAGUGGCCUGGCGACUGACCGUGACUAAUGCAAGGCUGAUAACACCAAGCUACACCAUUGACCCACUCGCAACACCAAGGAACACACCCACAACGCACCAAUAAGGGAGUGACAAUGCUGGAAAUAAUAAUGAUUGUGUACCAGUAUGUCCUGCUGCUGUGUGACUUUGCUGUGCUGCUGUGGCGCUGCCUGGUGCUGACCCUGAUGUCUGUGUGGCGCACCAUCAGCCCGCCACCACUAGCGUCGCUGGCCGGAGAGAUAGUGCUGGUGACUGGGGCAGGCCAUGGCAUUGGGAGAGAGCUCAGCCUACAGUUUGCCCGACUUGGUGCCCGAGUGGUGUGUCUCGAUAUUAAUGAGGUUACUAACAGAAGCACGAAAGAGGACAUUUUGAGAGAGGGGGGUUCAGCGUGGGACUACAAGUGUGAUGUCGCCAGCCGAGACGAAGUGAAGACUGUCUGUGCCAAGGUUCGGGAGGAGGUUGGUGAGGUAACAGUGCUGGUGAACAAUGCUGGUGUGAUGCCGUGCAAACCCUUCUUGAAACACACACCGGAUGACGUCGUUGGUGUGUUUCGAGUCAACGUGUUUGCGCAGUUUUGGCUCCUGCAAGAGUGGCUGCCAAGCUUCAUUAAGGCAGGAAGAGGCAAAAUUGUCGCACUGUCUUCUAUUGCUGGCCUGGUCCCUACCUCCAAUCUAGUCCCUUACUGUGCCACCAAGUUCGCUGUGAGAGGAUUAAUGGAAGGUCUGACGGAGGAACUAAGGUACGCCAAACGCCAUCCGGACAUCCAGGUGACGUCCGUUUAUCCGUUUGUCGUGGAUACCGGCCUGGCCCAGCACCCGCGCAUCAGGUUCCCAUCGCUGAACCCUGUGACCUCCCCCAGCCAGUGUGCAGCCCAGGUCAUCGAGGGGGUCAGGAGAGGGGAAGAGGUCAUCUGUGUCCCAAGGAAGGAUUUCUAUGGCCACUGGCUUGUCAAUGCAAUGCCAAGGGAAGUUCGGAAAGCCUUCCUAGAUUUUAUGGACACAGGUGUGGACGAGGACUGAGAGAGAGAGAGAGAGAGAGAGAGAGAUUGUUAUUGUUAUUAUUGUUGUUUGUUGAUGGAGCUGUAAUGCAAAUAUUCUCUUAUAAAUUGUUCUUUUGGGGUUGUGACCACACACACACACACACACACACACACACACACACACACACACACACACACUUAUUUAACGAUCUCAAGUGCCUUAUACUUAAAUACCUUACUUAAAAUUAUUACUAUUCAUUAUAUAAGUACCAUUAUUAUUAUUAUUAUUAUUAUUAUUAUUAUUAUUAUUAUUAUUAUUAUUAUUAAGUUACUAUAACGUUAAUUUUUGUUUACUGGAAGGUUGCCUAUUGAAUUUUAAGUUGAUUUUAUAAGAUAUGGUCUAAUUUAUUUGUAUUAAGCCAUAAAUGUUAAUAAAUUUAUCGGUAUA